AUGUACGGACUGUUCACGUUCAAGGACGUGGCCGUGGAAUUCUCUCAGGAGGAGUGGGACUGCCUGGCGCCUGCGCAGAGAGCUCUAUACCGGGACGUGAUGUUGGAGAACUACAGGAACCUGGUCUCCCUCGAUUUCUUUUCUAAAUCUCUCAUGAAGGAAUUACCACCAAAAGAGAUCGUUAGUAAAGGAGAAUUGUUCCAGAGAAUGAUGUUGGAAAGACAUGAAAGUCAUGACACUGAGGGUGUUUACUUCAGACAAGUCCGAGAGAGUUUGCAGAGCCAGCGCGGAGAUGACGAAACAGUGAUUACAAGCCAUCACAAAAUUCUCAGUGCCUUUUACAGUGCCUCAAACCUCACUAAAAAUGUCAAGGUCCCUACUAGAAAGAAGCUGUAUCAGUGUAAUUUAUGUGGGAAGAUCUUCAGUCAGAAUGGACAUCUCUUAGCUCAUCUGAUUAUUCAUACUGGAGAGAAGCCUUACAGAUGUCGUGUUUGUGGUAAAACCUUUAACUUUGGCUCGAACCUAACUAGACAUGAGAAAAUCCAUACUGGUGAAAAACCACAUGAAUGUAAUGUAUGUGGCAAAAUCUUCAGUCGACAUUCAGGCCUUAGAACGCAUCAGAGAAUUCAUAGUGGAGAGAGACCUUACAAAUGUACUGAAUGUGAUAAUGCUUUUACUCAAAGAUCAAAACUAGUAGAACAUCGGAAAAUUCAUGCUGGAGAGAAAACUUACAUGUGUAACAUAUGUGGAAAAUCCUUCACUAAAGGCUCACACUUAACUCGACAUCAGAGAAUUCAUACCGGUGAGAAACCAUAUAAAUGCAAUGUAUGUGAUAAGGUCUUUACUCGAAAUUCAGGCCUUACAACUCAUCAGAGAAUUCAUACUGGAGAGAGACCCUAUAAGUGUAUUGACUGUAGUAAGGCAUUUAUCCGAAGAACACACCUUGUAGAACAUCGGAGAAUUCAUACUGGAGAGAAACCUUACAAAUGUACUGAUUGUGGAAAAGCUUUCACCCAAAGAGCAAACCUUAUUGAUCACCAGAGGAUUCAUUUGAUGCAGAGACCUUACAAAUGUAAUGUAUGUGACAAGGACUUCAGUCGACCUUCAGGCCUUACAACUCAUCAGAGAAUUCAUACUGGAGAGCGACCUUAUAAAUGUAUUGAAUGUGGUAAGGCGUUUAUCCGAAGAACAAAACUUGUGGAGCAUCGAAAAAUUCAUUCUGGAGUGAAACCUUACAAAUGUAACGACUGUGACAAAGCCUUCAAUUCUACUUCACACCUCAGUAGGCACCAGAGAAUCCAUACUGGAAAGAAGCCAUACAAAUGCAGCGUAUGUGCUCCGAGGGUCGCUCCCGACGUUAACGUCUCUGCACCCGGAGAUCCUCGCGCGGCCGUGAGACGUUCGUUCCUGUGUAAAAUUGCGCUGAGGUGGCUCACGUUCCCUGCCUUUCUGCCUUCGGGCCGUGCACACGCCGCUUGCCGCGUCGUGUAUCUGCUGAAAAUCCCUAUCUCCUGGCCGCCCUGCGCGGAGAGCAGGCCUCACCCGGAGAGCCUGUGGGGACCCCCCACCUCGUUCCUGGGACCCCGGCCGCCCGUCUUAGGAAAAAGGCCACUUAGUUGUUCCCCUCGUAUCUGCAGGUUUAUGCGGGGAUAUCAGACUCUGCCCCUGGGUCCCCCCAAGGCCGCGGCCCCACCCACUGGCGAGUACCCCAGGAGUGCCUUCCUCCUUGUCCCGGGCCGCCCAGCGCCGCAGCCCUGGACUCCUCUUACGGCUCUCCGUUACUCUAAAACCCCCCGUGGGUUUGGCUGCUUUAUAUAA